AUGCAUUCCCUUUCUACCGUUCUUCUCUUCAUCGCCGCGCUGGCCGGCCACUCUGUCGCUCAAAGUUGCACCGACCAGUGCGCAGACGUCUUCGCCGUGGCAAGCUCAGAAUGCCCGCACCUCGGCAACACAAAAGAAGACGCCGAUACCCUCAACGGCCCCAAGAUGAGCUGGAAAAACAACAUCUGGUCCACACGCGGCAAGGACGGUGCCGUGGUGGAGAUCGACCCCAAAGCUUGCACUCUGAGAACAUUCGGCGGCCGAGACGACUUCUGCGGCAUCUGGAUCGGCGGUAAGGAGGAGAAAGGAAAGGGAAACACUGAGGUUAAACAGCCGAACGCAUUGUUGCAGAUUCCUUUCAACGGUGGCUGCUGCAAGAUCGACAAAGAAUUCUGCAAAAAUGGCGCUAUUGACUGGGCGCAGUUGUUGAGAGUGAAGAAGGGGCCCGAUGCUUCGUAG